AUGCGAAAUUUAAGUACCGAGGUGUACGAGAGGUGUGGUUGUGCUAUGUUAACGACUCAUGGACUCCCUUGUGGUUGCAACAUAUUUACGGCGCUCCAAGGUGGAGUUGGGAUAUACAUUGACCUUGUUCAUCCAUUUUGGAGGACCUUGGAGAUUGCAGAAGGGGCGGAGAUUCCAGAGGUUGUGGCGGAGUCCGCACAAGUUACUGAGCUGUUUCGAUCCCUCGUCGACGACGUAUUAGCUCGAGAUAUUGCCGUUAUUCGAGAUAUUUCAAGGAUCGUUCAUGAUGAGUUACAUCCAGAGCAUGCAGGUUAUGAGGAACCGGAACCCAACUUAACUAGGAGAGGGAGACCAAGGAGACAAAGAAACUCAACUACAAGGAAUCUGAGCUUGAUCGAACAUGUGCGGAAUACGGGCCCUCGUACGAUUUCUAAUCAAGGGGCUUCGUCAUCGGGAAACCCACAAUCAAGAUCUUCCCUAGGGAGUUACAUGAGCAUUGAUCUAAUUCCACCUCGUUUCAAGGAAUCCUUACCGGACUUCAUGUUGCAGUAUAUUAGAGGAUAUCGUGAUGUUAUACCUAAUGGUAACUGCGGAUUUCGAUGUGCAGAAGAGUUCUUUUUAGGUGAUCAAGAACGUUAUGGCGAGAUUCGUUCAACGGUUGUUGGAGAGAUUAAAAAGCUUGAUCAAUACAAGAGAGUUUAUCUUCCGGAAACUAUAAGUAAUGCCUCGUAUCGAAUAGAUUGGAGAGGUGGAAUGUGUGGACAAGAACAUUGGAUGAUUACUGAUCCAGAUUUAUGGCCGAUCGCCACACACUUCAAUGCGGUUGUGGUCAUCUUUGGAAUCGGUGGUGAAUCCAGUUUAAUCCCUUCCGCGACCAAUAUUCCGUUGGAAAAUCGAUAUGAAGCAACUAGGCCGACGAAGGAGAUUGUUUUGGCAUUUGUAAAUAAGUGUCACUACAUUAUUUUGGAAAUGGCGCCCGAUUGUCCAUUACCAUCAAUACCCCACCGUUGGAGAGCAUUGGCAGAUUAUGGCUUUCGUGAAUGGGAAUCAAGAUAUGAGACUAGGAUUCAAGGUUGGACUCGAUAUUCCGACGAGUUUAAUUUUAGGAUGGGAAGAUAUUAG